AUGGCCAAUCCAGUCGGGCUGACAGUCUGCGUCAAGCUCCAGCAAGCCACCAACAACAUCGUCUACGGAGUGGUGCACGAGAUCGUUCCCAACAGUCACUUAACACUGCACAAUGUCGUCUUCCCUGGCUCGAGCACGCGGUUCGACCACUGGACGGUGCAGGCUUCCGCCAUAAGUGACCUCCAGGUUGUUCAGCCAGAAGCAGUACCGCACCCUCCGCCAGCACACAUACCCAUCCAGUCCCCUUCACUUCCGUACCCUCCGAGCUCCAACAACCACCACUCUCCCUAUCCUCCCCCACCGGGCUUUGGCUCUCCAGCAAUGCACCAGCAGCAACUGCCUCAGCCGCCGUUCGCUCCGCAGUCUGCCCCCGCGCCCAUACAGCAGAUCAUGGCGGAGGUCAAUGGCGGAGGGCGACAACCUCCGGCUCCCACUGAGCUACCAUCAGCGAGACCACCCACGCCGACACGAUCAUCUGCGACAUUUGUCGACCCAGCAAUUCUCAGCUACGGCAAUGCCUCGCCAGUGCAGAAAAGAGCCGCGUCUAGGUCAGAAGAGAUGCACACCCCAGUCAAGUCAAUGCUAGCAAGAGCCGCCCAGAACCUUCCAAGUCCAGGCUCACCUUUCAUCGGCGACAUCACCAAGGCAAAUGUUGCACAAAAGCUAGCAGCUGCGGGCAGAAAGCAAUCCGGAGCUUCUCCUCAGCCACCUGCCGUCCCCAUCGCCAGCAAGCCAGUGGAGAACAUGCUGCCUACAAGCACUGCACAAGAUGCAUCACAACCUGAGCUCAACGGGAAGAAGAAGAUCAGACGUGGUCAGAAGUCUAAGAAGCAGCCUGCCACUCCUGGUGAGGCCGCAGACCCGCCUCCAGUCAUGAACUCUGAGGUCUCGAGAAAUGGAAAUAAUAUGAGUGGAGCAGUGAGACGAGGCAAAGGAUGGCGUAGUACUCCACUCCUGCAGCAGACUCAAGCUACUGCAAGCCCUUCGGAUCAGACCAACCCCAAGAAGAGCAGGCGACGACAAAAGGAAGAGAUGGAAGUGCUUGGAGACACGACAGGCAUUGAAGACAUGGGCGACUUCGACUUCGAAGGCGAGCUUAGAAAGUUCGACAAGAAGCAGGUGUUUGACGAGAUUCGACAAGGCGAUACGACUGCCGAUGAGGACCGGCUGGUCAGCCAUAACAGAGUACACCGACCAGGGACUUACGGCGGCAAGAAUCUGCAUCCCACGGAGAACGUCUUGUCUCCUAAGGUGCAGCCAGUCUAUAACAGCAAUGAGCUGGAAAGUUCGAGUGAUGCCGAUACCGAACUACAGCUAGCAAACGGACGAUCGUCAUCGAAGCACUCAGUCUCGCGGAACGUCUUUUCGAAGACGAAGCCGAGCCGUCAAAACAGCGGCCAGGUCGACGUCAAUCACGCGAGACCACACCCACUCACGGCAUCUAUGUCAUCGGACAGAAAUUUAAAUCGAUCGGCUACCUCGCUCACCAACAGAGCCAAAGCGACGUCCUUGGCUGCCUCAUCGCCUCGUCCAGAUGGUGAGCGUGCGAACUCGCCUCUGUCGGCAGUGUCCAAGACCCGACCAGCAAACGCCGUUCCCGAGCCCCCGAUGGAUGCGCCAUACUUUGCCAUACAACCACAAGGCACCGCCUGUCCAACAUUGUUGCCGAAAGCUUUGGAGAACCUGGAAGCCGCCACAGUGUCCACAUACGGCUUGUCGUACGAUGCGAUUACCGAGAAUGCAGCUCGUGCUGUGGCGGAGGCAGCAUUGCACCUCUCAGAACUGCAUGGCGGCAUUCGAAGGCCAUCUCGGACCAAUACCUUGCGAGGCAGUAUGACUGCCAGUACGACCUUGACCAAUCCAAACGAGCUUACAGCGGUGGUAGUGCUUGCAGGCAACCACGAACUCGGCGCAAUAGCAAUGGCAGCUGCAAGACAGCUUCUGGGCAGGAACGUUAAGAUCAUCGCCGCCGAGAGCCUUUACGAGAACGCAGACACUCAGGACCCGCAAGCGAAAGCUCAGAUCGCAAUGCUUCGCAGAAUGGCUCGAGGUGGUGCCAAGAUCAAGCGCGGUCUAUGGCGAAAAGCAUCGGCCCACAUCAAGAACCUAUCUGGACCGCCGGCUGUCAUCAUCGAUGCAUUACUCGCGGGGUCGUCCUACGACUCGCUGCUCAGCUCGAAUGCUGCGCACAGCACAAGCGCGCAGAAGGAGACGAGGGAGAUGAUCGACUGGGCGAAUCGGAGUCGUGCACCUGUGCUCUCCAUCGCGUGUCCUACUGGUGUGUCCGGUAUUGAUGGACACUCAACAAUCGUGGAGGGCGAGCCGCUUGCGGUUCGGCCCGACAAAGUUCUGGCUCUUGGUGCGCCUAUGCAAGGUCUUCUAAAAGCUUGUGAGGGUGGUGAGAGGUGGGAUAUCAGUCUUGCAGACAUUGGGAUCAAUAUUGCGCUCAAGAGCGAAGAGGCGGUGGCGUUUGGCGGGUCUUGGACGGUUGAUCUGAAGUACGUCGAUGAUGAUGCUGCCGCUUAG